CGGGAGUCGAGCAGGAGUCGCUGCCACCUCAACAUGGAGUAGCGAGGCGCAAGCGUCCACUUCUGUACAGAGGAAUCCCGGGGUGGCUCCGUCCAAUUCACCGCCGAAGCCCCCUGCAGAUGAUACAGCGGCCGUUUCUUCUCAAGGCGAAGGGAAGCCCGGCUUUUAUUUGAAAGAUGGCGAACGACUCCCCGGCUAAAAGUCUGGUAGACAUAGACUUGGCUUCAUUGCGGGAUCCAGCUGGGAUAUUCGAGCUGGUGGAGGUGGUUGGAAAUGGCACCUAUGGACAAGUAUACAAGGGUCGACACGUCAAGACUGGACAGCUGGCUGCCAUCAAAGUCAUGGACGUCACAGAGGAUGAAGAGGAGGAAAUUAAACUGGAGAUCAAUAUGCUGAAGAAGUAUUCCCACCACAGAAACAUAGCCACCUACUACGGUGCUUUCAUUAAGAAGAGCCCCCCGGGACAUGAUGACCAGCUCUGGUUGGUGAUGGAGUUCUGCGGAGCUGGUUCCAUCACAGAUCUGGUGAAGAACACCAAGGGGAACCAGCUGAAGGAGGACUGGAUCGCUUACAUCUCCCGAGAGAUUCUUCGAGGUCUCGCCCACUUGCACGCCCACCACGUCAUCCACCGCGACAUUAAAGGCCAGAACGUCCUGCUGACCGAGAACGCUGAAGUUAAACUGGUGGACUUUGGCGUGAGUGCCCAGCUGGAUCGGACAGUGGGGAGGAGGAACACCUUCAUCGGGACUCCGUAUUGGAUGGCUCCGGAGGUCAUUGCUUGUGACGAGAACCCCGACGCUACUUAUGAUUACAGAAGUGAUCUCUGGUCUUGUGGCAUCACCGCGAUCGAAAUGGCAGAGGGAGCCCCACCACUUUGUGACAUGCACCCCAUGCGUGCGCUGUUCCUUAUUCCAAGAAACCCUCCUCCUAGACUCAAAUCAAAAAAAUGGUCCAAAAAGUUCUUUAGUUUCAUCGAGGGCUGCCUGGUGAAGAACUACACGCAGCGACCCCCGACGGAGCAGCUGCUCAAGCAUCCCUUCAUCCGAGACCAGCCCAACGAGAGGCAAGUUCGGAUACAGCUCAAGGACCACAUCGACCGGACCAAGAAGAAGAGGGGCGAGAAGGAUGAGACAGAGUACGAAUACAGCGGCAGCGAGGAUGAGGAGGAGGAUCCCCCAGAGCAGGAAGGAGAGCCGAGCUCCAUCGUCAAUGUGCCGGGCGAGUCGACUCUGCGCCGUGACUUCAUCCGCCUCCAGCAGGAGAACAAGGAGCGGUCGGAGGCGCUGCGUCACCAGCAGCUCCUGCAGGAGCAGCAGCUCCGGGAGCAGGAGGAGUACAAGCGGCAGCUACUGGCCGAGAGGCAGAAACGCAUCGAGCAACAGAAGGAGCAAAGGAGGCGGCUGGAGGAGCAACAGAGACGUGAACGUGAAAUGAGGAGACAACAAGAGCGCGAGCAGCGCCGCCGCGAGCAGGAGGAGAAGAGGCGUAUGGAGGAGAUGGAUCGUAGACGUAAAGAAGAGGAGGAACGUAGGCGUGCCGAGGAUGAGAAGAGAAGGAACGACCGUGAGCAGGAAUACAUCCGACGCCAGCUGGAGGAGGAGCAGCGACACCUUGAGAAACUGCAGGAGCAGCUGCUGCGUGAACAAGCCAUGCUGCUGGAGUUCAAGUGGCGGGAGCUCGAGGAGCAGCGCAAAGCCGAGAGACUCCAUAAGCGCCUGCAGCAGGAGCAGGCUUACCUGCUGUCCCUGCAGCACGAGUCCAAACAGCAGCCUGGCGACAAGACCAAAUCCCCCUCAGACCAUAGCAAGCCUCCGCAGACCUCCACCCUCCCCCCCGACAGAGCCCCCGCCGCAACCCCGCGAGCUCAGGUCCUCGACACUGGCAUUUCUGUAGCGAGAGCUCCUUGUGAGUCCUCCAGAGCCCCUCAGACCAGCCCCUCAGACAAAAAAACCCAGGCAGCAGUGCAAGGAAAAACUGAUGAGACCAGUCCCAGCCAGAUCUCUCACUCCCCCUCCUCCCAUCCCCCUACAACCGAAACCCCCGCUGACUCUAAACCUCCCCAGGCAGAAUGUUUGGAGUGUGACAGGCCCAGCGAGGCUCUCAGUCAUCCUCCUCAGCCUAUCAGAGAGGCGGACGAGCGCUACCGUAAGAACAUUCAGGGCUCCCCCCAGAUUGCCCCUCCUAACAAGCAGCCCCCUCUGCCUCCCCGCUCCUCUGAACCGUACCCCAACGGCGGCCCCUCCGAGGCCUCCGCCAUGCACCGGCCCAUGGAACCCCAGGUCCAGUGGUCACACCUGGCCGCUCUAAAGAGCAGCAACAGCGCCGCCCCCUCUCCUCCUCCGCCCGUCGUCUCCCGUUCCCAGUCCUUCAGCGAGUCCGGCGGUGUGACCUCUAACUUUGUACAGCUCCACCUGCGUUCCCAGGACCCCCACCAUCCUCACCACCCAUCGCCCGCACGCACUGACUCCCAACCCCAACCUCCCCACCACCACCCUCAGGCCCAGAAUAGGCUGGAACACCAGACCAGCAUUGAGGAGGUUCCUCCCAAGGUACCAGUGAGGACAACAUCCAGGUCUCCUGUGAUGUCACGACGGGAGUCGCCCCUGCCUUCACAGCCCAGCGGCCAGAGGAGCGCUGGCGGCAUCGUGGAUCAGCGCCCCUUGUGGGACCGAGUGGAGAAGCUGCAGUCUCGGCCCGGCAGCGGCAGCUCGUCCGGCUCCUCCAACUCCAACUCUCAGGCCAGCCCCGGCGACCGCUUCAGGCCACGCUGUGAGUCUCCCGCUUCAUCUAAAUCUGAAGGAUCACCUCUUCAGCGGCCUGAAAACCUCCCGAAAAAACAAGAUGAGAAGUCCAGGCCGACGCGACCAGCUGACCUGACGGCUCUGGCCAAGGAGCUGCGAGCGGUGGACGACGUGCCACGACCCCACAAGGUGACGGACUACUCCUCCUCGAGCGACGACUCGGGCACCACGGACGAGGAGGACGACGAAGAGGUGGACCAGGAGCCGGGAGACGACUCCACCUCCGGAGCUGAGGACUCCAGAGCCGGGAGGCUGAGUAAUGGAGAGACAGAAUCUGUUAAGACCAUGCUGGUGGAAGACUCGGAGAGCGACCAGGCCAUUACACCCUCCAAGGAUGGCACUCUGGUCAUCAGACAGAGCACAGCUGACAUAAAGCGGUUGGUCAAUCUCUCGCCUCCCUCCUCUUCCUCGCCCGGUUCUGGUUACGGCCACGGCCUACCAGAGAAAAACGGCUUUGCCGGCCGCAUACACCACCUGCCCGACCUUAUCCAGCAGAGCCAUCACUCCCCUUCCUCUUCCACAGCCAUCCUUUCCUCCUCCUUCUCUUCCUCCUUUCCCUCAUCAUCUAGCCAGGCCAGUCCUGCCAUGUCCCCACAGAUCCCUUUGGAAGAGCUCACUGCCAUAGAGUCGCAGUCGGAGAGCAACUCCAUGUCCAAACACAAGUCUUCCUCUUCGUUCACUCCCUUCAUCGACCCACGCCUCCUCCAGAUAUCUCCAUCCGGCAGCAGCUCCCUCAACAACAUGGCAGGAUUCGGACAAGAAGGGCGGCUCGCAGACCCACUCAGGGCCGACCCGUCCCGCAAAGGCUCCGUGGUCAACGUCAACCCGGUCAACACUCGUCCGCCGAGCGACACUCCAGAGAUUCGCAAGUACAAGAAGAGGUUCAACUCUGAGAUCCUGUGCGCAGCUCUGUGGGGAGUGAACCUGCUGGUGGGGACUGAGAGCGGGCUGAUGCUGUUGGACCGGAGCGGCCAGGGGAAGGUUUACCCCCUCAUCAGCCGACGGCGCAUCCAGCAGAUGGACGUCCUGGAGGGACUCAACGUCCUGGUCACCAUAUCAGGUAAAAAGAACAAGUUGAGGGUAUAUUACCUGUCGUGGCUUCGAAACAAGAUUUUGCACAACGACCCUGAAGUGGAGAAGAAGCAGGGCUGGGUCAACGUGGGCGACCUGGAGGGAUGCGUCCACUACAAAGUUGUGAAGUACGAGAGGAUUAAGUUCUUGGUUCUGGCCUUGAAGAACGCUGUGGAGGUGUACGCGUGGGCUCCCAAGCCCUACCACAAGUUCAUGGCCUUCAAGUCUUUCGGUGAUCUGGUGCACAAGCCGCUGCUGGUGGACCUGACCGUGGAGGAAGGCCAGAGGUUAAAGGUGAUCUAUGGUUCCUGCUCGGGCUUCCACGCCGUGGAUGUGGACUCCGGUGCCGUCUACGACAUCUACUUACCCACACAUAUCCAGACCCACAUUCAGUGCCACGCCAUCAUCAUCCUGCCCAACACGGACGGCAUCGAGCUGCUGGUGUGUUACGAGGACGAGGGCGUCUACGUCAACACCUACGGGCGCAUCACCAAGGACGUGGUGCUGCAGUGGGGGGAAAUGCCGACUUCAGUGGCCUACAUUAGGUCAAACCAGAUAAUGGGCUGGGGUGAGAAGGCCAUAGAGAUCCGCUCCGUGGAGACGGGCCACCUGGACGGUGUCUUCAUGCACAAGAGGGCCCAGAGACUCAAAUUCCUCUGCGAGAGGAACGACAAGGUCUUCUUCGCCUCUGUGCGUCAAGGAGGGGCCAGCCAAGUCUAUUUUAUGACCCUGGGCCGCACCUCCCUCAUGAGCUGGUAGACGCCGCCCUCUAUUACCCACGACGACGACCACGCCUACGUAGCGACCAACCGAUGACGACUAUGGCCGACAAUAGAGAGAAAAGCCUCGAGACUGACUCAAAGAAGCACGUCAGCUGCCCCCCACCACCACCACCACCCGCCACCUACUCGGGAGGCCAACAAACAACAGAUUGGACUGUAGUCAUGACAAAAGGAGCUCGGGGUGAGCGGAGGAGCCUCCACGUGUUCCUCCAGCCCCGACCUUCCAGCGGAUCCUCUCCAGGCCAGAGGGACGUGGUAUCUGUUGUUGUUUGUGUCAUAGUAAAACUUUGCAUCUUGUACGUGAAUGACAACGUGUGCUUGCCUGGAAGGGGGCAGACGAAAAGGGGGUUUAACGCGGCUGGCUGUUGCUGUACCGAAGAAGUGAAAUACUUUUAUGUGCCACAACUUAAAUGUAGCUGUGUUUUAGUCCCACCCUGUUCAGGUGAAGAUUUCCAUGUUGGGCAUGUUGCUGGUUCCCAGCCACAGUUUUCCUCUCAUGAAUUGUGGUUGACAUGUAGAUCUGCCUCUGUCUUCACUUUUAUUUUAUUUUUUUAAAUUUUUUUCCUUCACCUCCUUAAGGUGAAGACUUCUUAAGGGACCUCCUUGAUAUUUCCGUUUUAAUACAGGGUACUGGAUAUUGGUUUGUACAUACUAACGGACUCGCACAGGUUUUCCAGAAACUUUUACCACAUUGCCUCAUGUGCUGUAGGCUAUUUCGGACAAAUGUACUCCCGUUUCUGACGGCAUACCUUGGUGUUAUUAACAAAAUUAGCCCUUUUUUUUGUUUUUUCCUCAUUAUUAUUAUUAUUAUUAUUAUACACUGUACAUUUUGUAUGUGACUUGCAGCACACGUGCAACAAGGCAGGACACACGCAUUAAAGGGUUGUAAAGGAAAAAUCCACGUUAUUUAUCCGUAAUCUGCACAUUCUGUUUUCUUCUACUGGAAAUAUAUAAAAACACUCCAACAAACCAGACCCAGAAAUGUGAGGCUCGUCUUCUGCUUUGUUUUAUUUUUCAGUGGAUUUUUGUUCCUUUUGACUACAGUUUUAUUAAGUAGGACUAGGUUAAACUGUGAAUUAGACAUGCAGGAUUAGCAGGUGGCCGUUAAGGUAGCAUGGCGGGGCAGGAUGGGAGCGAGGGCGGCGCGCGGAUCCGUUUUCACGCAAUCGUGACAUUUCACAUCAACGAUCGUCCAACUCUUCGCUUUGAAGGAGUCUUUAGCUUAAUGUGUAGCCGAAGGUUGCCUUAGAAGGGUAUUCAUCCGAUUUUAAAAAACGUUGGAUCAUCUGCACAUUUGGAUUUCCGGUGCUGUGGGAGCAAACUUGACUCAAACUUGGACCUCUCUUCUUUUAUCUUAAUGACAUUUGGCUGUAAAGUUUACUUCAUCCAGUCCAGUAUUGCAGAGACGCCAACCUGAACCAACCCCUUUCUUGACUUUUGCACGGUUUCUGUCCAAAUCUGGAAUCUAAAUGAUAAGGCAUGGUUUUUUUUUUUCUUGGUUUUUUUUUUAGUCGUUGAGAAGGAAAGGAAGCAAAAUAACUCAAAUCCACGUUCCAAUAGCAGUGUUUCAGAGCCACUUCAGACGGUGUGAACUAAACAGCGUACUUUAACUUAGUUUUUAGUCUUGUUUCUGCAAUUUUUUAUCAUGUAUCCCUUCAGAUAAGUAUACGACUGCAGUGGGUUUCUUUUCUUUUUUAAUUGUAAUGCACACCUUUUAUGUUCAGAAUGUUUACAGAAGUAAUUGUUUUUGUUAAACCAAUGUGUCGAUAGGAAUAUUUAUGGUUUAUUUUGAGGGCAGUUUUUUGUUUUUUCCUCCCAGUUUUGUAUUAUUCCCUUUUUGUACCGUCAUGUAGGCAUUUGUGUAUGGGGAUAAUCAGCCUCGACUCUAAUCGGCGUGACUCCUACAAUCCUGCGCAGCGUGCUCCCGACUGAGGCAGCAAAUACCCCCCACCACCCAGGUGACAUGGCUCCCCUCAAACGUCUCCCUGCCAUGCCUCUAAUUUAUGUCCUCUGUGUGUACUAUGGGAAUUACUGUAUUUUCCUGAAGGUUUUUUUUUUUUUUCUCUCUCUCUCUCUCUCCAUUGAAUAAAGUCAGAAUUAAUUUACA